UGUAUAUAUUCUUUCUAUUAUAUGGAAUGGUUUUGUCGACGAUUCUUUCGCCGGCAAACAUAUGUCCCGUAGUCCACGACACCAAUGACCUUUUCUUUGCAAGAUGUAUAUCAUCAACUAACAUUUAAGGAUUUAACCCAAGAAAAUGAUAAAACUUCCAUAAAUGAUAAUUAUCAAAUUCUAAGAUAUCUUCCAAUAGUGGAGACUGUGGACUGGACUUGGUAAACGAUCUUAAAAACGGAAACAAACUAGCCCAAUGAGCACCGUCCGAUAUCAAAACCAACGGCUGCGAUCAAAACAGAACUCUCUCGACUGUUCACACUCUCCUAUCUCCCCCCAGAAAUCGCAUUACGAACAUUCUAGACCAGACUCUCCUAUAUAAAAAGCCCCAAACGCCUCUGAGCCUGUGAUAAGUGACAAACACACGCUGCUACCCUCACAUUCUCUCUCACUCUUUAGAGAUCUUGAUCCGUACACAAUGGCCGGAAAAGGAGAGGGACCGGCGAUCGGAAUCGACCUCGGCACCACCUACUCCUGCGUCGGAGUGUGGCAGCACGACCGUGUUGAGAUCAUAGCCAACGAUCAGGGGAACCGGACGACGCCGUCUUAUGUGGCGUUCACUGACACCGAGCGUUUGAUCGGUGAUGCCGCAAAGAACCAGGUCGCCAUGAACCCUAUCAACACCGUUUUCGAUGCAAAGCGGUUGAUUGGUAGGAGGUUUAGCGACUCCUCUGUUCAGGGUGACAUGAAGCUAUGGCCUUUCAAGGUCACUGCUGGGCCAGGUGACAAACCCAUGAUUGGUGUUACUUACAAAGCAGAGGAGAAACAGUUUGCAGCAGAAGAAGUUUCGUCUAUGGUUCUCAUUAAGAUGAGGGAGAUCGCAGAGGCUUAUCUUGGAUCAGCAGUCAAGAAUGCAGUUGUGACUGUGCCUGCAUACUUCAAUGACUCUCAGAGGCAGGCUACAAAGGAUGCUGGGGUCAUUGCUGGCCUUAAUGUGAUGCGAAUCAUCAAUGAGCCUACAGCUGCAGCCAUUGCAUAUGGUCUUGACAAGAAGGCAACCAGUGUGGGAGAGAAGAAUGUGUUGAUAUUCGAUCUUGGUGGAGGUACUUUUGAUGUCUCUCUACUUACCAUUGAAGAAGGUAUUUUUGAGGUGAAGGCUACUGCUGGAGAUACCCAUUUGGGAGGAGAGGAUUUUGAUAAUAGGAUGGUGAACCACUUUGUUCAAGAGUUCAAGAGGAAGAACAAGAAGGACAUCAGUGGAAAUCCAAGAGCUCUUAGGAGGUUGAGGACAUCUUGUGAGAGAGCAAAGAGGACCCUCUCAUCCACUGCUCAGACUACCAUUGAGAUCGACUCCCUGUUUGAGGGUAUUGACUUCUAUUCAACCAUUACCCGUGCUAGGUUUGAAGAGCUUAACAUGGAUCUGUUUAGAAAGUGUAUGGAGCCGGUUGAGAAGUGUCUGAGAGAUGCAAAGAUGGACAAGAGUACUGUCCAUGAUGUGGUCCUUGUGGGUGGUUCUACUAGGAUUCCCAAAGUCCAGCAGUUGUUACAAGACUUCUUCAAUGGAAAGGAACUGUGCAAAAGCAUUAACCCGGACGAAGCUGUUGCUUAUGGAGCCGCUGUGCAGGCGGCUAUUCUUAGUGGUGAGGGUAAUGAGAAGGUGCAGGACCUAUUGCUUCUUGAUGUGACUCCUCUGUCCUUGGGUUUGGAAACAGCUGGAGGCGUGAUGACUGUGUUGAUUCCCAGGAAUACAACCAUUCCAACCAAGAAAGAGCAAGUGUUCUCUACUUAUUCAGAUAAUCAGCCUGGUGUCUUGAUCCAGGUUUAUGAGGGUGAGCGGACGAGGACUCGUGACAACAAUUUGCUGGGCAAAUUUGAGCUUUCUGGCAUUCCUCCAGCUCCUAGGGGAGUUCCUCAGAUUACUGUUUGCUUUGACAUCGACGCCAACGGCAUUCUCAAUGUGUCUGCCGAAGAUAAGACCACAGGGCAGAAGAACAAGAUUACUAUUACCAAUGACAAGGGAAGGCUGUCCAAGGAGGAAAUUGAGAAGAUGGUCCAAGAGGCUGAGAAGUACAAAGCAGAAGACGAGGAGCACAAGAAGAAGGUCGAGGCUAAGAAUGCUCUUGAGAAUUAUGCUUACAACAUGAGGAACACCAUCAAGGAUGACAAGAUUGCUUCAAAGAUUGACCCAUCUGACAAAAAGAAGAUUGAAGAUGCAAUUGAUCAGGCCAUUCAGUGGCUCGAUAAUAAUCAGCUAGCAGAGGCUGAUGAAUUCGAGGACAAGAUGAAGGAGCUCGAGAGUCUUUGCAACCCUAUCAUUGCCAAGAUGUACCAGGGUGGUGCUGCUCCUGACAUGGGUGGUGGCGGGGAAGCUGAUGUUCCCCCGUCUGGUGGAAGUGGUGCUGGUCCAAAGAUUGAAGAAGUCGACUAAGUUGGUUUUGUUCUGGAAAACUGGUGGCUUUUAGGUGUUUAGUUUGAUUUUGCUGUUGUAGUGUCAGUAUAAUUUUCCCUACGGUACUUUUGAACAGUUUUUCUUGCCAAGAUCUCUAUGAAGUUUCUUGGUAAGUUUGCUAAUUAUGUUUGCCAAUGAAACGUAUCUGUUCAAUAUAUUUCUUGUUUUGUAUGCA